GGCGCUCAACUUUAUGCCCAAAAAUGGCUGCGCCCUUUGAGAGGAUUGAGGCAUCUGGAUCUGGUACAUUUCAUACGGCACUGAAGGCAAUACAUCAAGAGUGAGCUAAGGAUCCCUACACUGCCGGAAGGAACUAAUACAUGGACGGACAGACAGUCAAGCAGUGGCUGGACAGGGUCACGGAGUGGAAGGAAUCUGGGAAGGGAGAGGACAGUCGACCCGAUGAUGUUGAUAUCGUCCAGCUUAGGUCAUUCCUCAGAGAACUUCACGAACAACUUGUGAAGUGGGGUCGACCCACAUUAGCCAUGAGAAAUCUUCCCAAUGUUGCCCAACUUUUGGGACAUCUAUGCUGCAAUGAAGUCCUCAAGAUACAAGAAACUGACUAUCAGCUGGUGAUGCAGUGUGUGAUGGCACUCUACGUUGCUCAGCCUAAUGAACCGCUGGAGGAGAAGGCUAGCAAGUGGGCUCAGUCUCAAGUCAGGCACAGUGUAUCAUACUACAAAGAGAGGAAUCCUUGCAGAGGCGUGGCAGAUUCCAUUGGCUGCUCUUCGAGUGGGUUCAAUCAAACAGCAUCCCUCAAGUUGCUGGAAUCAAUGGUGGAAGAUUUGAAUAAAAUACCAACUACCCGCUGGAAUUCCUCAGCAAAUUGCCUGGUUCCUUGCGCCCAGCUGUCCAGCAACACAUUGAGAGACCUUUCUGAGCUCUGCCUUCCACUGGUCACCAGUGACAAAGAUGUGUUGCCACUGGUUGAAACUUUGCUGAGUUGCCAUAGGAACAGUACAGCAGAAGCCCUGAGCCCAGCCUUUCUCGAAGCUGUUACGAACAACCAGUGCUAUUUUUUUCUCUUUCGAACAGCUCUGGAGUUGAGCUAUGAAGGUCGAGUCUCCCUGUGGACCAGAUAUCUGCCAGCAUUGGAGAGGGAGUUUUUGCAUCUUGUUCAGGCUCUGGUCCCCCUGUUACCUUCAUCAGAACUCAGAGCCAAAGAGUUGAUGCAAAGCAGAGAUUUACCCAGGGCCUGUGUUGAGAACCCAUCUCUGUUGUCUGGUGUGGAGACAUUGAUGGAGUUACUGCUACAACACACCAAGGGGAGUGCCUUCACACUGUCACUGAUGGGCUUAUUCAGGAGAUGUGUAAGAGAGAGCCGGGGUACCAUACCUCCGUCCCAUCAGUGUCUUAAUAGGAGGCCUGCCUCGGACAGCCUGCGCAACUUGUUGGAAGCAGACCCGCAAGAAUUACCGACCAACCUUCUGGUCCUACACAUCAACAACCUUAGCAACUGCCUGACCCAGCAGGCAACGAACCCUGCCGGCAGCUUACGAGCCUGGCUCUUACUGGUCAGCUCUCAAGCGUGGUACCGGGCAGUCUUGAAGACGACUCUGCUUGGUCCUGCAAACACUACACCGGCAUGUCUUAAUGUUCUCGCCUGGUACAACUUGCCACUGGCUCCAGACAGACAUCAGGAGUACAAGGAUCAUCUGAGUGAUGUGAUAACCUCGGUUCAAGGUCUCUGCAGCAAGACUGUUCUGCAACCGCAGGACCUGCAGUACGCAUUCAGCUCCUUCCGCGACCAACGGCACGGCAGUCCCUUACGCAACGUCUUCAGACCUCUACUGAUGCUCUUCGUAGUGUACGGGAAUGUAACGCACCACAUUUUGCAAGACAUUGUUGGAAAGGCUAUUGGUGAAAAUCAACCAAGUUGUCUGGCCAAGUUCACAUUCCUACUGGACAGUAUUGAAUUCGCCCUAUCGAAAGACGGAUCACAUAGUCAAAAAGAGCACACACAACAACCCUCCGGUUACCAGAGAAGGAGCGCUACUCACGCCCUGCUCUUGUGUGGGGUUUGUGCAGAGUACCAGCGAGAACGGUCGGUCGGAGCCGUGAGGUUGCCGGAGGACUUGCAUCAGAACUUGAUGGGUAGAUACAACAGAAUACAGAAGCUGGCAGAAAUUAUGUAAACCAAAAUAAAUUGCCAAAAAAUAAACUUAUUUUUGAAGACUAAUGCCUGUUUCUUUUCAUUCGUUGUUGUCUUCAUGUUGCAACAUCGUGUCAAGACAAAAAUUACUACCUGUAUUUGACCUUUCCUUGCAUAAAUUUUCACAUCCUCCAAAUACUAAAGCUUUAACUUAUAACCCAAUAUUAGCCUGUUAUACAAUGCCUCAAUAAAUCCCCAUCAGAUGAUUUGUGAGUCGUUGAUCAUAUGUCUUUGAAAUAUUCGUGGCAAAAAUAGACGUUCCAUUUCACGGUAAAUAAAUCUUUCAUUCCAGGGUCACACUAUUAGUUGCGUUAUAACACAGCCCUGGUGGCUCUGAUGCUGAAUAUUCAUAAUACCAGUUUACAAGUUAACCAAUCGGAUGAUGAGUAUUUAGUCAGGUCUUGCAUAAAACAACUAAUGAACGUUUGACAUUUGUGCAAUGGAAAGAAUAAUUUCAUUCUGUGACAGAUGGAAUGUUCCAUUCCACUUAACUUUGCCUCGUGGAAUGGAACAUUCCACCUGUCACCUCUUAAAGUUUGUCUUACCAUUGCACAUAUAAAUAUUCAUUAUUUGUUUAUUAAAAUACUAGGUUAUAUAAUCCAUACAUUUUUGUAUUUUUGUAUUUAUAUGUAAGUGCACAUUUAAAGUUAAUAGAAUUCAACAUUUUAUCACUUACUUUCAAAAUUUACACAUAAUUGACUGAUUGGCACAAAGUUGAACACUGAACUGAUCGUUUACAGCUACUAAAGUUACUCACGUUAUAAAUGUUUCCAAUGGAUAAUGCAAUUAAGAAAAAAAGAAGCGUACACCAUUCAUGCUUUCUAGACAUUUUGUAUUAUUUAUUUCCUCAUUUGUAGCAUAAUUAUACACAGGCUUUGCCAUCAUACUUGGUAUUAAGUACACAAAACGACACCAAUCAUAUUUACUCCUACAUGUAUUGUUUACAAUCACAGGACGACAAAUAUUGUAUCUGGUUCGAUGCUGUUUUUUUGUUUUUUUAUUUCUACGUCUUUUCAACACACACACACGCACAAAGGCAACACACGUUAAAACUGGUAAAGUCUAUUGCAGCACAUCGUCGGGAAUGUCUGUCAACAGAGAAAUGAACUUCUACAUGUUUCUUCCUCCUACGGUCGGUCACGGCAUUUUUUUUUGUUUUUAUGUACACACAUGCGUCUACUAAGUGUCUGCAGUACUAAAAUGUUCUACAACACGACAAUUUCACUUUUUUUUGUAUUCACAAGAUGCAUUUCGAAAUGGUAAAUAUGACAUCACAACAAACAAUUCGUUCUGUACAUAAGUAAUAAAAACACCACAACAACAUUCCAAUGUGUUUGUUAUUUAUACAUCAUAACUCGUUUUAUUUUUUUAUUUUUUUUAGCAAGCAACAGAAACAAUCAGUCGUCACCGUACUACGUCGAUAAAUAAAAUAUAUUUAGGCAAGUGGCACGUUCGUGGCCGGAUUCAUAUAAGAUCUAAAUUACAUUUAGUUCACAAUAAAUCUAAAAAAUUACGACGGAUCGACUCCAAGAUUUCAUUACCUUUUAAAAUGGAUUAAACGCAUAAAUUAACACACAUUACCAAAACAAAAUGUCAAUUGUGUCAUCCUGCAAGUGCCCUUCUUUCAACCAUCAUUCAUGGAAAAUAUAUACUCUUUACUUUGGAAGAAAGUACAUGUACUUAAUUUUCAAAAAUCGCAAUAUGCAAACGACAUCAAAUUAUCAUAAUGACUUGCCCAUAUCCGGGAAAACCAUUCCAUUCUUUGUCUAAAAAGCCAGCGCACCAAAUGUGUAAAAUUGAA